GUGGGGGGAGGGCAUAGGUCGUGUUUGGCAGUUUAGUGGGCAGUGUGUAAACUAGUGUUACAUUUACCUUCAUCGUAAAUAGCUUCCCACACCACGGACAGAAGUAUUUAGCGUCGUGGUCCGGGUGCAUCUUGUGUUUAUAUUGCGAAGACAACAAUAAGUUAUAGCUAUGUUCAAAAAACUGGUUUCUGGAGUUCACAACACAACACGGUUUUAUUCUGGUGUAUCUCCAAAAAUAAAAAGUCGUAAAUAUGUAUUAACAAAAUAUUUUCAAGGAGAGCCGAAGAAAAGUGAUUUCCAGCUAGUAGAAGAGGAAAUCCCUGAAUUGAAAGAUGGAGAAAUUUUAACUGAAGCAGAGUACCUAAGUGUUGAUCCAUAUAUGCGUGCUUACAUGAUUGGUUAUAAAUUACCUACAGACAUGAUAGGCGGACAAGUUGCCAAAAUAAUAGCGAGUCGCAAUAAUGAGUAUCCUGUUGGUAAAUAUGUAUGUGGCUCUUUUGGAUGGCGCACACACACCGUGAUCAAUCCAGUUCAAAGAACAACCGGUCUCUUACCUUUGACACUUUUGCCAGACAUAAGUCCGUAUCCAAUUUCGAUUGCAUUAGGAAUUCUAGGUAUGCCUGGCAAUACAGCUUACUUUGGGUUGAAAGAAAUAUGCCAACCGAAACCAGGUGAAACAAUUGUAAUUACUGGCGCGGCUGGAGCCGUAGGUUCUCAUGUGGGACAAAUCGGAAAAUUAAUGGGUUGUCGGGUUGUAGGAUUUGCUGGCACCGAUGAGAAAUGCAAAUAUUUAGAACAAGAAUUAGGAUUUGAUCGUGCUUUUAAUUACAAAACUGUUGAUAUUAAAAGUGCUUUAAAAGAAGGUGCUCCAAAGCGUGUAGAUUGUUACUUUGAUAACGUUGGAGGAGAAAUAAGUUCAACGAUUAUAAAUUAUAUGAAUAAGUAUGGAAGGGUCGCUGUUUGCGGGUCUAUAUCGUCAUACAAUGAUGCUAAACUUCCAAAAGUCACAAUUUUACAACCAGCGGUUGUUUUGAAAGAAUUAAAAAUGGAAGGAUUUUUGGUAAAUCGUUGGACUGACCGUUGGGACGAAGGCAUUAAUGCCAAUUUAAUUUGGUUACGCGAAGGAAAACUAAAAUACCAAGAGAAGAUAUACUACGGAUUCGAUAACAUGGUUGAAGCCUUAGUAGGUAUUUUAAGAGGAGAAAACACAGGAAAAGCUGUGGUCAAAGUAAACUAAAAUAAUGAGGGACUCUCCAUGCCACGUUCCCUAAUAAAAAUAUAGAUGUGUUGUGUGAGUGCUGUCCAACGCUGCCUUCGUUUAUCGUUUUAAUUUUAUGGAUUUCAGAGAUAUGCAUCUUUUAUCUUUGGUUUUGGGAAGUGAAUGAAAUAAAAUUUUAGUAUUUGUCAGCCAUCUAUAAUUUGUUUGGGGAACGUAUCCCACAGUAGAUUUUACGAAUGCUUUAUAUUAUUUUCUUAAAUCACUUAAUACAUAAUUCUAAAUAAUCGAAAUCAAAUCAAAACACUUUGUGUUUCUUUUUUGAGUCCCAUACUCGUUCCUUUUACAAAAUUCUAGUAACAAUCAUUUUCAAAUGAAUGUAAGGCACAAACGUCUAUUGGUAAUUAUAUUAGCCUACCAUCUAAAAUUCCAGAUUUAGGUACUUAAAAAAAUAUAUUAGACGUAGCAUGGAAACCACACAUUGAGAUUUAUUAAAAGUAUAAAUUCGAAUUUGAUACUUACAACUACGCCAUCUGUUAAGAUUAUUGUUAACCUACUUACUAUCGGUUGAUAUUAUAUCGAUAACAGCUUCACGCCUCACGAAUUUGUAUACUGACUAAUAAAUGGUUUAUCAGUU